AAAAAAAAAAAAAAACAUAAAAAAUAACGGUCUUCAUUCCGGUCACGAGCGCUGGGGAGAGAACUCACUUAGCGUUUUUUGUUUUGGUGCCUGGUUUUGUUUUGUUUUGUUUUUCUCGUUUUUGGUGCUUCUGCUCCAACAUGGCGGCGCGGGCGAGGACGUUUCUGUCGUUGUUUUCUAUGGCAACGAGAAAAAAAGUGGUAGGAGGCUAGCCCGGCUCAGUUGUCACAUGAUUAGCGACUAAAACCGAGCUGCCUGAUUCCAAUAUGGUGGUUGGCUCGGCGGAGCUACGUAUCUUAUUAAUGAUAGUGUCUGCUUGCUGGUUCGGAUCUGGCGUGUGCAGCCAAAGCAGCUCGCCGCAGGUCCUCGGCCUGCGACUGGAGGAGGCCACCGAGCGAGUGUACAUGCGCGACCGAGUCCUGACUGCUGCGCGUGGCUCCACUUUCAAGCUCCGGUUGUUCGGUUCCUACCUGCUGAAUGGGACUUGGCCGUGGGUCGCGUUCGCUAAAGAAGUCCGUGCAAGUGUCGCUGAAGACGCAUGUAGCCAAGAAACACUGCGCAAUGCCUCUGCUUUCCAAGUGCGCGGUGAGUUUAAAGCGGAUGAGGGAAACGGGGGAUUAAUAGUAGUCCAAACCGAGAAUGGAAACAUCUCUGAUCAGGUAAACGAUGAAACACAUCCGGUUUAUCACUGCUUGUGCGUAUUCGAUGGGCAAAACUGGCAGUCAGCGGGGCCGGAUAAGUUACGUGUAAAAGACCCGGAUCUGCCACCCGAAUGGAUCCCAACAUGGGGUCUAGCCGUAAUUAUAAUCCUAGGAGUGCUCAUAUGCUCACUGUUACGAUGCCUAAAUCUCAGUCUGCUUUGGCUUGACCCUCUGGAGCUUUAUGUGCUGCACAGCUGUGGCUCAGAAGAUGAGAGACGGUUGGCGAAGCGCCUGGAGCCAAUUCGGAGGAGAGGAAACUUUCUGGUGUGCUCCCUGCUGUUCUUGUGUGCUUUGGGCCACUCGGUGCUUGGUGUGAUCUUCUACCGUGCCUUCGGAUCCAUCCUUCCAGCUGUAUUUGCAUGUGCUGCGCUCAUAUUCCUGGUCGCAGAGUUGUUGCCCCAUAUCGUGAGCUCAGGUUAUGGCUUCUCUCUCGCUCCGGGUCUUGUAUGGCUGGCCCAGAGCUGUCUGAUCAUCACAUGCCCCCUGUCAUGCCCCUUAGGGCUCUUCCUGGAUUUGGCACUUAGGCGUGAUGUGAGCACUUGUGGAGUGCGCGAGAAGGUGAUGGAGCUGAUCCGGGCAAAUGUGAAUGACCCUUACAGUGAGUUUGUCAAGGAGGAGUUCCGGCGUGGGACACUGAGGAGCAAGACGGUGGAGGACAUCCUGACGCCACUGAAGGACUGCUUCAUGCUCCCCUCCACGGCCGUGCUGGACUUUACCACUAUGUCUGAGAUCAUGCAGAGUGGUUACACCCGCGUGCCUGUGUAUGAGGAGGAGCGCUCCAACAUUGUGGAGAUCCUGUACGUCAAGGACCUGGCCUUGGUGGACCCUGCUGACUGCACCCCCAUGACCACCAUCACCAAGUUCUACAACCACCCGCUACAUUUUGUCUUCAAUGACACCAAGCUGGAUGCCAUGCUCGAGGAGUUUAAGAAAGGAAACUCUCAUCUGGCCAUAGUGCAGAGGGUGAAUAAUGAGGGAGAGGGAGACCCCUUCUACGAGGUGCUGGGUCUGGUCACCCUCGAGGAUGUGAUCGAAGAGAUCAUCAAGUCGGAGAUCCUGGAUGAGUCUGAUGGCUAUAUGAACAUGAAAGUGAAGCGUCCUCCUCCCGCACUGGAGAUUCCUUUGGAGCCCCGUGCAGUACAGGAGGAGUUUUCUCUCUUUAAGCUGCCCGAGGGCGAGGCAAAGAUCCGCACGUCUCCUCAGCUUCUACUUGCUACACACCGCUUUCUCUCCAGAGAAGUGGAGCAUUUCUGCCCACAGCGCGUGUCUGAAAAAGUCUUAUUUCAUCUCUUACGGCAUCCCAGUGUCAAUCAAGAAGUGAAGUUUGACCCAAACAACAAAAUGAGUCCUGACCACUACCUCUACACGCGUAAUCAACCAGUGGACUACUUUAUUCUGCUACUGCAGGGCCGUGUGGAAGUGGAGAUUGGAAAAGAGGGCCUAAAGUUUGAGAACGGAGCCUUCACCUACUAUGGGGUGUCAGCGCUGACAGCGCCUUCUUCUGUACAUCAGUCGCCAGUGUCCACACAGCGUCGCCCCCUGAGAGACACAUUUGAGCAGGGAGAAGCCACAAGCCCGUCCAGUUACUGUCCUGACUACACAGUCCGAGCCCUUACCGACCUGCAGCUCAUCAGGGUAACCCGCUUGCAGUACCUCAAUGCCUUGAUGGCAUCUCGGGUAUCACAGAGCCCUGGUCCUCCAGAGAUUAAGAUCCUUCCUAACAGCCAGACCAAACUCCUAAAUGAGAAGAACUUCACCCAAGAAAUGGCUGACAACGAUUUGUUAACACUGAAAAGCUACUUCGACAGUGACUGUGGAUUUGAUUCAGACGACAUGGAUUUUGACGAGCUGGACUGCUCUGAUCCUUUGGCCAUGAGUGGCAGAUGUGACCUGCACAAAGGACUCCGUAUCGAGGUCACCAAGGAGCCUUUUAGCAUGCGCCGCGUUGCUAACGUUGUAAUCGCUCUGCAGAGGCUGAAGCACACUCAAAACAUUAAGUCCACGGAGUUCACUGACCAGGAGCUCUUCAAUAUCAUCAUGGAGAAUGUGAUUGAAGAGAGCAUAGUGAUCGAUUUGAAGUGCAGUGAAUCCAAGAGUUACAGCAGGCAGGACAAGGUUGUGCAGUGCACUAUAUGUGACAAGUCUAAAAGGGCCUUGGUGCGGAGAGAAAAUCUUCCUAUUCUGCUGGCCAUUACUCUGAAGGGAGGAAACGAGAAAAAUAAAGCAUGGUUCAACCUCUCAGCCUACACGCCACCAAACUGCACAGAAAACACAAGAGGCCAGCCUGUCUGUUUGGGGAUUGUGAAGAGCAACCUCUUUCUCUCAUGCACAAUGGCGAAUGGAACUCCUUUUCUAGGCAUAGAGGAGGUAAAAGACAAAGAGAGCCUGAAGGCCAUUAAGGAGAAUGAUGGCAUGGAGCGCUUCCUUUUCUUCAGAAACGGUCCUGGUGACUCCCUUAACACCUUUGAGUCAGUCAAAUACCCAGGCUGGUUCAUCACCACCUCAAAGGAUGACUUUAAGCCAGUGCAAAUGUGUCAGCAGCAACCCAGUCCCCAGCAGCUGUUCACGCUUCAUGAUGAGACCGUAGUCUCUCAGAAUGAGAUCUGAUUCAGAAAACCAGCUUCCAGAAAGUAUGUACUAGGUACAAGUGUAAAUCUGGAGGCUCAUUUUAUGUUUAAGUCUAUCUCAGCUGGAGAUACCUGACUGUUCUCUGCUUGUUUGUGGUUUUACAAUAAUCACAACGAGUUCAUAAUUAUGUAUUUUUAUUUAAAACAUUUAUAUUUUUGAAACAUUUAUACUUAUACUUAUAUUUUUAAAACAUUUAUAUUUAUUAUCUGACCACUCUGUGCUUGUUUGUGCUUUCAUGAUAAUUAUUGGAUGAGUUAGGUUUUAAUUUAAUUUUAUUUAACUUAUUUAUUACAAAGAUUGUAUUGCUUUCAUAACUCUAAUUUAUUGUUACAUAAAAGCCUAAUAAAAUACAU